AUGGAGAAAGGUGAAGAAAACACAUCUAGUAACCGAUCGUUAUUUUUUCCUGAAAACAGUAAUUAUAUGGAUACUCCAAAUGUGAGAGAUGGUGAGAAAACAAUUAAUGAUCAUGAAGUUUUAGAACCAACACUAGGGGAUGAUGAUGAUGUUGGGGGUUUAGAGCCAACUACUGAGAAUGAUGAUGAUAAUGGGGGUUUAGAACCAACUCUUGAGAAUGAUGAUGAUGAUGCGGUUGAUGAGCCAACGUCACGAAAUGAUAAUGAUGGAGUUGAAGAGCCAACUAUUGGGAUGUUUUUCAAAACUGAGCAAGUACUCAUUGACUAUUAUAAGCAAUAUGGGAGACAAACUGGACUUGGCAUAAUGACUCAACGAAGUAGAAGGGAAGCCGAUGCAAAGGAUGUUCAAGAGUUGCCGAAAAAGUAUAUUAUGGAUAGGUGGAGGAAGGACAUUAAACGUCGAUAUACUCUGAUUCGAAGCAGUUACGAUGAAUUGAGUAGUAAACCAGCGGCUAGUAGGUACUCUAACUUGAUAAAGCUAUGCUACCAAGUAGCUACAAAUGCAACUGAAAGCGAAGAUAAUUCCAUAGACAUGACACAGAAGUUACAGGCAAUGAAUGAAAUUUAUAUGAAAUUAAAAUAUCAUGCCACGGUUGCUAAUACUCGUACUUCAAUUGAUGCUGAAUCUGGAAGUUCGACAAAAGUGUGGAGUCCUAUCGUUGUUAGAGGCAAAGGGCAGCCCCCAUCGAAAAGGAAACAACAUCCAAUAGAAAAGUUACAAACCAAAACCAAAAAGGCUUGGGGGAAGCGACAAAAGAUACACUCAUGA